AUGGGGCAGAUUGAGAUUACCACAGCCGCGCCUCAUCAAUUUGGCGUUUCUGACAUCGACGUGGCUCUGAACGAAUACUCCGAGAGGCCCUUUACAUUCUCGAUCAACAUGGCUUCGCGAGUGAUGAGUGUCAUGGCAUCCAUAAAGUCCAAGGACGAUCUGAAGAGCUUUAGAACAGAGGCCGGGAAGCAAAAGUUUGAUCACAUCGCUGACGAGAAGCUUGAAGCAUCGGCGGUGUUGCUUUCAAACUUCGAUAAGCUCAAGAAGGCCGCAAAGGAUGAUUCGGCCGAGGAGCAUGCGGCAGGCGUAUCUUGGGCCAAUUCCAGUGUGACGCUGGCAGAUUGGAAUGGAGAUCAGUCUGAAGUUGACGCAACUCACAGCUCAGGGAAGAAAUCCUGGUUUGGCAAAGCCCUCGACGUUGCAGUGGAAUACAUCGGAGACGCCAUCGAAUUCCUAAGGAAAGCCGUCAAGUUCACAGUCAAGUGGGCCAUCAAGAUUGCCGGGCCCAUAGUCAAGUUUAUUGUCAGAGUUGGCUCCAAGGUGCUCAGCAUCAUGGUCAAAACCGCAGUCACUCUGGUGCGAUCUGUGGUGGGUGUCCUCGAUAAUUUACUAGGAACUGACAUGAUGGGAUGGCUUGGUCUUCACUUUGGCAAGCACAUUCCCAACAUCCAAAAUCGGUUAAAAGAAGUCACCUUGGGAUCUCUUGACGUACUGAAUCGCUUCCUCAUCACCAAUCGGGAGAGCCUGCUUCAGUUCUUUGAAGACGCUGAAGACGUCCUUUUCGGCGAUCUGCAAAAUGCUCAAGAGCAUGACGCACCGCGAGAAGAAUCGUCCGUCAUGCGCUUCGUACGAUCCCUGCUGAACUCCCCAAUCAUAAAACUUAUUUUCAAGUUCAACCCUAUAUCGUGGAUCAUGGAAGGCGCUUCGGAAGACAUCGAAGAGGCUUUUCCAGAUUGGAAGCUCCCAAACUUUGGGCCUCUGGCAGAAGCUAUCGGCCUAUCAGCCAAAGGCAUUCUGGAGAUUGGUCUUGGAGCCUUCAUGGAACUAUUCAGCGUCAUAUCCAUGUCGGCGACUGACGUGUUGACGAAGCCAAGGGAAUUGAUACCUAUCCUGAUCAGGGCGGCCAGGAAAAUGUUCAAGGAAGCCUUUGAUGCAACGCGCGACCUAGCACUCCUUGCUUUUGACACUCUCAUUCGAGUUGUCAUGACUAUUCCAGCCAUUCUGACGCAGGCAUGGAAGAUUCCUGGACUCACAGAUCUAUGGGAGGACUGGAUUGGCCAGGAGUUCUCUCUCAUCAACUUUGCUACCUAUGGAAUCGCCGUGUUCGUGGAUCUGGUGACGGUCAAAUUCACAGAAGCACAGAAGGACAAGGUGUUCGGACAGCCGUUCGGCGAGCAGUGGACACAGUUCGACAUUGAGCCAAUGUAUCGCGGUGCUCGACGCGCGGCCGAUCAAGCGGCUCUGGCAGCAAAGUACCCCGGUCCGUCGCUGCCGGAGCAUACCAACCCUAUGGUCAUGAUGAUGACAUUCAGCGACGCUGGUAAAGGAGAUGAUGAUUCGCGUCGGAAGGAGGAAGAAAAACAAACCCUUCAGAAUACACUUGCCACGAGCUUCGCCUUCCUGGGCUACGGUAUCGGAACGCUUAUAGAUGUUCUUAGAAGCGCUAUCACGGCCAGCGGCUCGACCGCAGAACAAACCCAAAGGGCUACAGUGCAACAGAAAUGGUUCCUAGGCGUUAGCGGAACCAUAUUCAACGUCUCAUGCGCAGCUAUAUCCUGGCAAGUGGGAGAAAACUGCCAGGCAAUCGGCAACCUCAUGGGCGCAGGCGCAGUCAUAGCUACGCACGGGCUUUCUAACAAUCCUACUGGGUUAAAGAUCACGCUGCAUCUUCUGUUAUAA